AUGGUCGAAAAGAGGCUGGCCAGAGAAACGUCUAUAUAUAAACACGGCGAACUGGUAAUGAAGAGUUUCUCGAGCAUUCGAAGUGAUCAAUCUAUCAUCUACUUUCUACGUUGAAGUAUUUUAUUUUUAUUUUAUUUGAAAAAGUAAAUAUCUCAUUUUACUUUAAAAUAAAGGUAAAAUAUUUUACCUAAAAUACCGUUUUAAUGUGUUUUUCUUCUUCUUUUUUUUAAACUUGUUAUAGCCCACAGUAUAGUUUUUUUUUUUUUUUUUUUAAGAACUUGAAGACUCAUAGUGCACAGUAUGUAAUAGCAUUAGUUCAAGCGUGUUUCUCGUGUAAAAACGAAACAUUCCUGUUUACAUGCUCGAAGAAGCCAAUAAUUAUGUCAGUGUGUACAUUCAAAGCGAAAGAAAACAAGAAGAUACCUGAGAGAUUGAGAGGUACAAGAGUCGGAACAAAGACGAGCUGA